CGACUUCAACUUCUCACUGGUACCUCAGUCUCGGUGUCUGGGCUACUGCCUUCGUCAAGGCGAGAGAUGAAGACCGAAGCGAUCGAAGGCGAAAAGGGGGCCGCUACAGUACCGACCUCAGACGAUCCUGCAGACUCUUUCACUGCCUUCAAGCGAAUCUUCAAGUAUGCUGGUCGUUUUGAGCUCUCAUUACAGACACUCGCAGCAUUCGCAGCCGUUGCUUCUGGUGCUGGGAUAGCCUUCCAACCCCUGAUCAUAGGCCAGUUUGUCACCACCGUUACCGACUUCACAUCAUCGCAAUCUUCUCCAUCCCAACUUCGCUCAGAAGCUUCCAGACUCGCUCUUUACUUCGUCUACCUCGGAAUUGCCCGCUUUUUGCUAUCCUAUGUGUACAACGCGCUUUUCACAUAUACCGCUCACAUCAUUACACGCAACAUUCGGCAUGAGUACUUGAAAUCAGCUCUGCGCCAGGAGGUGGCCUUCUUCGAUGUUGGAAGCGGUGGCUCCAUCGCAACGCAGGCUACCUCUAACGGCCGCAUGAUCCAGGGUGGAAUUAGUGAAAAACUCGGUCUUGCUUUCCAAGGCAUUGCUGCGUUCAUCACUGCUUUCAUCAUCGCCUUUGUGGUUCAGUGGAAACUGACUCUUAUCUGCCUCUCAAUUGCCCCGGCUACUCUCGUGGUCAAUGGUGUUGCUGGAGGGUUUAUGGGGGCCUAUGAAAAUCAGAUCCUCGAGGUCAACUCCAAAGCUAACGUCUUUUCUGAAAGUGCUCUUUCUAGUGUGCGGACCGCCCAUGCCUUUGAAAUCCGAGAUAAGCUGGUUGACCGAUUUGACGAGUACCUGUCCCGUGCUCAUCAUAUUGGCAACAAUCUUUCAAUUGUUUUUGGCACAUUUUUCUCCGCGGAGUACUGUAUCGUUUAUUUAGGCUACGGUUUAGCCUUCUGGCAAGGUAUCCGCAUGUUGUCCAGGGGGGGCAUCGUGGAAUCCGGAGACAUCUUUACUGUCAUCAUGUCGGUAAUUAUUGCCGCUACACAGCUAACGAUGCUUGCUCCAUACAUGGUCGAUUUCACCCGCUCCGCUACUGCGGCAUCCAAGCUCUUCGAGUUGAUUGAUCGUAAAUCCGAAAUCGAUCCUUGUGACGAUACUGGACACCAACCACCCGAGGUUGUAGGGGAAAUUGAGUUCAACGAUGUUACCUUUGCUUACCCCACUCGGCCUGGGGUAAGGGUUCUUGACAACUUCUCCAUGACGGCCCAGGCUGGCAAGGUCACGGCCCUGGUGGGUCAAUCUGGCUCUGGAAAGAGUACUAUUGUUGGCCUUCUGGAGCGUUGGUAUAACCCAGAGUCAGGAACCAUCAAACUAGAUGGCCACCCAAUCGACCAACUAAAUCUCAGCUGGCUCCGAAAGAACGUUCGUCUCGUCCAGCAAGAGCCAAUUCUGUACCAUGGUACUGUUUUCGACAAUAUCAAGCAAGGCCUGGUGGGCACCAAGUGGGAAAAUACCCCCCGAGAGCAACAAAUGGAACGAGUCCAAGAAGCGGCUACCAUGGCCUUUGCACACGAGUUUAUCUCUGAACUUCCAAAUGGUUAUGAUACUGAGAUCGGCCACCGUGGUUGCCUUUUGUCUGGUGGUCAAAAGCAAAGAAUUGCCAUCGCUCGAUGCACUGUCUCUCAACCUAAGAUUCUUCUCCUGGAUGAGGCCACCAGCGCUCUGGAUCCACAUGCCGAAGGUGUGGUUCAAAGGGCUCUAGACAAGGCUUCAGAAGGCCGAACUACUAUCGUUAUUGCCCACAAACUUGCGACCAUCCGACAGGCUGAUAACAUCAUCGUUAUGAAAAAGGGACGCAUAGUCGAGCAUGGAACACACGAUUCGUUGCUUGCACGUGACGGCGCCUAUGCUCAACUUGUGAGAGUACAAGACUUGGCCGUUUCGAGUCCCAGAUCACAACCCGAUCCAGAGUGGGAAUCUGUCAACGACUCAAAAGUAAAUACCGCGAGCAAGCCCUCAGUCCCAGGUUCGGACGCACCGGGUUACAAAAACAGCGCAACCAUACAGCAGAAAGAGUACGCCAAUUACGAUGACUACAAGCAGCGAAACAUUAUCUCCGUUAUAUACCGUCUUCUCCGGGAGACUCCCGAGCUUAGAUUUGUGUAUGGUCUAGUUCUAACUGGGUGUAUCGCAGGUGGAGCAACCUUCCCUGGCCAAGCAAUUCUCCUAUCUAGCGUGGUCGAUAUCCUCGGCCUGUCAACAACGGAAUUAGAACAGAAGGGAAACUUCCUCGCAACCAUGUUCAUCGUGCUUGCCGCUGGCUGCCUCAUAUCUUAUUUCAUCCUCGGAUACGCAACUAACACUGUCGCCCAACAUUUAGGCCAUAAACUUCGAAAACAGAGUCUGCACGACAUACUCCAACAGGAUCUUCAAUUCUUCGAUCGCGAAGAGAACAGUACCGGUGCACUUGUUGCGCGCGUGGAUUCGAACCCACAGGCUAUCCUCGAGCUGAUGGGCUUUAACAUCGGUCUUGUAUUAAUCGCCUCCCUGAAUCUGUUCACAUGUUCAGUUUUGGCACUCGCUUACUCGUGGAAACUUGGCCUUGUUGUUACAUGUGCUGGUCUUACUCCGUUGGUUGGCUCGGGUUACCUGAAAAUCAGAUUGGACGCGAAGUUUGACUAUGAUACUUCGAAGCGCUAUUCGACCAGCGCGAUUAUUGCGUCCGAGGCCGUUACUUCCAUUCGCACAAUCUCGUCGCUUACCAUGGAGCAUUCUGUUUUAGCGAGAUACACGAGAGAGCUGGAUGAGGCAAUGGCUGAGUUGAAGCGUCCGUUGUUUACUGUGAUGGCGAGUUUCGCCUUCACACAAUCCGCGGAGUACUGGUUCAUGGCGCUGGGCUUCUGGUAUGGAUGUCGCUUGUUGUCGUUUGAUCAGGUCACCAUUUACGCCUUCUUUGUUGCUUUCCUGGGGGUAUUCUUUUCCGGCCAAAGCGCAUCACAGCUAUUUCAGUUUUCCAGUAGCAUCACGAAAGGAGUCAACGCGGCGAACUAUCUCUUCUGGCUCCACGAUCUCCAAAGAACAGUGCGGGAGACGGAUAUAAACUGCAAAAACUGUCCUGGGGCAGUUGACACCGUGGACCUGGACAAUGUCAAGUUCUCCUACCCGCUUCGACCUGAGAUUCCUGUUCUGAAAGGCCUUGAUCUCAGCUUUAAAAAGGCCCAAUUUAUCGCCCUCGUCGGUGCAUCGGGAUGCGGUAAAUCAACCGUUAUCGCUCUCCUGGAAAGGUUCUACGACCCAUCCACUGGCGUUAUCAAAAUCGACUCCUUGCCUCUAGCAAGCUUCAAUCCACGCCUAUAUCGCAAGAACGUCGCCCUCGUACAACAGCAACCAGAUCUAUUCCCAGUUUCGAUACGUGAAAAUGUCGCUUUUGGUCUAAGCGAUGACACUCGUACUGAGCUCGAGGUGGAAGUGUCUCAGAUCGAGUCUGCCCUUAAAGCUGCCAACGCGUGGGAUUUUGUCUCAUCCCUCCCGGAUGGGUUGGCCACCUGUGUUGGGUUCGGUGGAACACAGCUUUCCGGUGGCCAAAAACAGCGUAUUGCAAUUGCAAGAGCACUGAUCCGAAAUCCAAGGAUUCUGCUUCUGGAUGAGGCCACUAGUGCACUUGAUACGGAAAGUGAGAAUGCUGUGCAUGCUGCCAUCUCUGCGGGGAGGAAUGGAGAUGGGAUAACAGUUGCCGUUGCGCAUCGUCUUAGUACGGUCAAAGAUGCAGAUAUAAUCUGUGUGUUCCAUGAUGGUCAAAUUAUGGAGAUUGGAUCACAUUAUGAUUUGAUUGGCAAGGGUGGAAUGUAUAGCAAGAUGUGUGAGGCUCAGACUUUAGAGUAG